AUGGUGAGGAAUUAUAGAUUCAUCAUCUUUGCGUUUGUAGCGAUUAUGCUACUUGCGCUGAUCAAAUCCUCCACAUCUGUUAAGUCGGCCAGCGAUAUCGUCAGAGUCGUUUCUCCUACUGCCAGUAGACCGGAUGUGCCACAGGACUUCAGUGCUCUUCCAAUUGAUGACGAACCAGGUUAUAUUGUUGACGAUAAGACUGAUAAUGGUAACCCGAGUGUUGCUAGUGCCGUGAAAGAACACUCCUCAGGUGCCAUUUCCAAUGCCAAAUCCACUUCAAGUGCUUCUGCAGAAUACUCGACCAGCAAAAAAUGUGAUAAGGAUCAUCAGUUCGUUUUAAUGAUUGAUGCUGGUUCUUCGGGAUCUCGUAUUCACGUCUAUGAAUUUGACGUUUGUACGCAGCCUCCAACAUUGAUCGAAGAGACUUUCAAAAUGCUAGAACCGGGCUUGUCCUCCUAUGACACAGAUGCUGAUGGUGCCGCCAGAUCUUUGGAUCCGUUGUUGGAACGUGCUUUGGAGACAAUUCCAAAGGAUAAGAGAGGUUGUGCACCCGUGGCUGUGAAGGCCACUGCUGGUUUGAGAUUACUCGGUGAUGCCAAGGCUGAUAAGAUUCUCUCUGCUGUGCGUAGCCAUCUGGAGAAUGACUAUCCUUUCCCUGUGGUGCAAGGCGAUGGUGUUUCUGUGAUGGGAGGUGACGACGAAGGUGUUUACGCGUGGAUUACUACCAACUAUCUGUUAGGUAACAUUGGUGCGGGGUCUAAGAUUCCAACCAGCGCUGUGUUUGACCUUGGUGGUGGUUCCACUCAAAUUGUUUUUGAGCCAACCUUUCCUCCAAAUGAAAAGAUGAUUGAUGGAGAACACAAGUAUGAACUAACAUUUGGUGGCCAGAAGUACACCUUGUACCAAUUUUCUCAUUUGGGCUACGGUUUGAACCAAGGUAGAAACAAGAUUAAUGCUUUGAUUGUGGAAACAGCCAUUUCUGAAGGAAAGAUUGAAAGAGGUGAUACAAAGACGACUCACAAGUUGUCUUCCCCUUGCUUGCCUCCAAAAGUCGUUGCCUCUAAACAGGUAGUUAAAUUGGACGAUGGUACGAAAUAUACCAUCGAUUUCAAAGGUCCACUACAACCAGCUGGGGCUCAAUGUAGAUAUUUGGCUGACAAGAUCCUAAAAAAAGACGCAAAAUGUAGCCAGCCACCAUGUUCAUUUAACGGAGUUCACCAACCUUCCCUAGUCCAUACUUUUAAGGAGAGAAACGACCUUUAUGUUUUCUCUUACUUCUACGACAGAACUCAACCCUUGGGCUUACCGCUAUCCUUCAAGUUAGAUGAGUUGGUUGACCUCACCAAAAUGGUCUGUAAUGGAGAAGAAGUUUGGGAAAGUGUCUUCAGUGGGGUGGAAGGGUCUGUUGAAGAAUUGAAGAAAGAUCCAAAAUGGUGUAUAGAUUUGUCAUUCCAAGUUUCUUUACUGCACACUGGUUACGAGAUUCCACUCUACAGAGAACUAAAGACAGCCAAGACCAUCGCAGAUAACGAGGUUGGUUGGUGUCUAGGUGCGUCUUUGCCACUGAUCGAAGCAGACACUUGGAAGUGUAAAGUUGACAAGAUAAUUUGA